CGGCGGUUGCCGUACCGCCCGCUCUUCCCGCUGCCGUGAGUCUGCCGCCCGGCUCGGGCGCGCUUUUCAACCGCCAUGAGCCUGUGGGUGGACAAGUACCGGCCCGGUUCCCUCAGCAAGCUGGACUAUCACCGCCCGCAGGCCGCGCAGCUCCGCAACCUGGUUCAGUGUGGUGACUUCCCUCAUCUGUUGGUGUAUGGACCAUCAGGAGCUGGAAAAAAGACAAGAAUAAUGUGUUUGUUAAGGGAAUUAUAUGGUGCAGGAGUGGAAAAACUGAGGAUCGAACAUCAGAGUAUAACGGCACCUUCUAAAAAAAAAAUUGAAAUUAGUACCAUUGCAAGUAAUUACCACCUUGAAGUUAAUCCAAGUGAUGCAGGAAACAACGACCGUGUAGUAAUUCAGGAACUCUUGAAGACAGUAGCACAAUCCCAGCAGCUUGAGACAAGUACUCAACGAGAUUUUAAAGUGGUGCUGUUAACAGAAGUCGACAAACUGACUAAAGAUGCUCAGCACGCUUUGCGAAGAACAAUGGAGAAGUACAUGGCAACCUGCAGGCUGAUCCUGUGCUGCAACUCCAUGUCAAAAAUUAUAGGACCUAUUCAAAGCAGAUGCCUGGCUGUACGGGUACCUGCUCCCAGCAUUGAAGAUAUUUGCCAUGUUUUAUCCAGUGUGUGUAAGAAAGAGGGCCUGACUCUUCCUCAGGAACUGGCUCAAAGGAUUGCAGAGAAAUCUGGCAGGAAUCUUCGGAAAGCACUUCUUAUGUGUGAAUCCUGCAGAGUACAACAGUAUCCUUUUGCUGCUGAUCAAGACAUUCCUGAAAUGGACUGGGAAGUUUAUUUGAGAGAAACUGCAAAUGCCAUUGUUGGUCAACAGACACCACAAAGGCUCUUAGAGGUCCGUGGACGGCUUUAUGAACUACUGACACACUGCAUUCCUCCUGAGAUUAUAAUGAAGGGCCUCCUGACAGAACUCCUAAAUAACUGUGAUGGACAACUGAAAGGAGAAGUUGCACAGAUGGCAGCUUUCUAUGAACACCGCCUGCAACUGGGCAGCAAAGCCAUUUAUCAUCUGGAAGCUUUUGUAGCCAAGUUUAUGGCAAUUUACAAGAAGUUUAUGGAGGAUGGACUAGAUGACAUGAUGUUCUAACUCUGAUGCCCAAAGUUUUAUGCAGAGUUUUAUUGUGUCAUGAUGCCUAGAAUGUUGAAAAUGUUCUUUCCUUGUCCAUGCUUCAUUGCAUGUGAGUCUGGUUAAAAGUGAAAAUAUUUUAUUUUGCUGUUAAUAUAAACAAAACUGAACUAAAGAGCAAUGUUUUUUCAGGUUUAGAAACUACAUGGAUUAUAUAUGACAGCCACAAAUCAAUUUUUAAAUCCAUACAAAAUACAUUAGCCCUUCAGAAAGACAAGUUGCCUUGGAAGAUGGGUAAGAUCAUGCUUGCUUUGCAGGACUUGUAAGCUGAUACCGAGAAAAUGGGUGCUGUGUUCUUGCUUCAUAACUGUUCACAGGCAAGGCUGUCAGCAAAAUGUGGUUUUCCAUGUUGCAGCAAGUUCCAGAUUCAGCAUAUAUGUUCUGCCUGCUGAUUUGUAUGUUUUAUUGUAGCCAUGCUGUCUUCUGUCACAUGCUGACACGUUUUCUGAGUCCUUUUGAAAACAGUUGCAUUCAAAUUGUGGAUGAGCAAUAUUUUUGUAUUGCUUGUAAAUCAGUUUGACAACAUGGAACAUUUUUUUAAUAAGAAAUAUACCUAUGUAAAGCAAGUCCACUUGCUGUCUAACACUUGUGUUCACCUUAAUAUGCAUAAUGCUGUUCGGGUGAAAAAUUCUUAUUUAAUUGUGGUUUAACCAAGGGAGAGAUUCAACUUUUAACAAAUAUUCUUUCACAGUCUACAUUCUUAUGUGACAUUUUUAAAAUAACAAGUGAAAUAAAUUGUUAAAAAUAUGAACAAAUAUGCAGUGC